GAGAAAAGGCAGGGCCAGAAUAGGGAUUGACAAUAAGCUGAGCCAACCAGGCUGUGAGUGUGCAGCAGUGAUCCCAGGCCAUCCAAUUAGCACUGAGAGGGUGGACCAGGACAUCUGAGGACGAAAGAUGGCAGGGACUGCGCGCCAUGACCGAGAGAUGGCGAUCCAGGCCAAGAAAAAGCUCAUCACGGCCACCGACCCCAUUGAAAGACUCCGGCUGCAGUGCCUGGCCAGGGGCUCUGCCGGCAUUAAAGGACUUGGCAGAGUAUUUCGAAUAAUGGAUGACAAUAACAACCGAACCCUUGAUUUCAAAGAAUUUGUGAAAGGGUUAAAUGAUUAUGCUGUGGUCAUGGAAAAGGAAGAGGCAGAAGAGCUUUUCCGGAGAUUUGAUAAAGAUGGAAAUGGAACGAUAGACUUCAAUGAAUUUCUUCUCACAUUGAGACCUCCAAUGUCCCGAGCAAGAAAAGAAGUAAUUAUGCAAGCUUUUAGAAAGUUAGACAAGACUGGAGAUGGUGUUAUAACAAUUGAAGACCUUCGCGAGGUGUAUAAUGCAAAACACCAUCCAAAGUACCAAAAUGGGGAAUGGACUGAGGAACAAGUAUUCAGGAAAUUUCUGGAUAACUUUGAUUCACCCUAUGACAAAGAUGGAUUGGUGACCCCCGAGGAGUUUAUGAACUACUAUGCAGGUGUGAGCGCAUCCAUCGACACCGACGUAUACUUCAUUGUCAUGAUGAGAACUGCCUGGAAACUUUAAAUGUAUGACCUGGGGACCAGGCCUUGGGAACAACUAAGUGGCUCCAGAUGACUAAACAUCAGCUCAAAAACCAGGAUCAUAUUUGAUUUUAUGUUCAUCCCAGUGUUUCUUCCAUGCUAACACACUGCAUUUUCUAGGGCUAGUGAGAAAGAAAAGGGCAGAAAUAAAGACAGUAAGUAGUCAACUAUGAGCUUGCCUUCUCUGAGGCCUUCUUAGCUCUAAAAUAGGGAUUAAAUAAAAUGAGAUCUG